GUUCCGUAUCGAAUCCCUUCCAAUAUGUCCGCCAAAGUCAAGGAAAUCCUUUUUUUUUUUGUCUUACAUAGCAGAAGCAGGCCACACGAUGUUUAAACACACAUCCUAACAAAAGCGCAGCCUCAGUCAGCCAUGGCAGACGACCCAAGUCAGAUAUUUCAGAUGCUUAGGCCAAUUUGCUCCGAGGUGUCAAAAGGGCCAACGAGAAGCAACGUGCAAACGUUAGAGAAGUUGCUAAAAGAGCAACAUGGCGAACUGUUGACCAAACUGUCCGAGUACGUGCUCUUCCCUCUCAAACUAACACUGCAGCGUCAAGGAGUAUCGGAUGAUCUUAAGCACGAUGUAGUGCGCUGCAUGCAAACUUUGAUAAGCAAGAUUUACAUCUGCAAAUUUGCCAUCUUUGAAGAUGUCUACACCCUAUUGACCGUCAUGCUUAGUUUAAGGGAAAGUCCUGGGAAAUCAGCAAACAUUUCUGAGGAGAUGAAGCUUAGUAUAAUAACUUGUCUCUCUGCACUUUUAGAUAACACAGCCACAGUUAUAAAGGGACUGAUUUACAGCACACGUUUCUUGCCUGCAUUAGGCCAUGGUGUGUCUUUAUUACUGGAUGUGUCGGAGCAUGAGAAGGCACGGAAUUUGAAAAUCGAAGCUAUUCAUUGCCUUCAGAAGCUUUCAUUUUGCAAAGUAGAAAAGUCCAAUAGUAAAUCUGGAGGUGAUGAAUUGGGGGAUUCAAAAGAUGAGGUAGAGGUGUAUGUGAGAGAAGAGGCAGCCAAAGCUUUUGCUUCAUUUCUCCCUGGAAUAGCUAUGACUAUCUGCAGGAUAAUAUCGGGAGACCCACAACAAGGCCAUGCUGUUUUCAUAUCGGCGAUUAACUGUUUUCAGAAUAUUAUAGUUUUGGUUUUAAAUGAUAGAAAUUCUGUAACAGAUGAAUGGAAAGAUGAUAAUGUCAACUUUGCAAUUGCAAAACUUUGUUCAAGAAGUCAAGAUACUGUCAAGAAAGUAAAAGACGAAAGUGAGAUCACAAUGAAUGGGCAUGAUAAAUUACAGCAACUAAGAGUUAAUACAACUAAAGACUGGUUUAACUCCACUGCUGAAAAGCUUGAUUUGCUUCUUGGCAAGCUUUGUGCUGCAGCAUUAAGUAAUUCUAAUUGGAAAGUAUUAUUAGCAUUAGCAAACUUUUGUCACUGCCUUCUGAUGAACUCCCAUCAAACCCUUCAAAAGUCAGUACCACAACUCGUAGAGGUUCUUGUAGGACUAGGUGUAGAUAGCUUCCCUCAAGUUGCAGGUGAAAGUAAAUCACACUUGAAGGAGAUCUCAACCUGUGUGUUAUCAGGAGGGUCAUUUGGUGCGCUAUUGGAAGAAAACCUCCAUUCACUUCUGUCCUCUUUGCCAAGACUUCUCAGAACAGCAGAUGACACCAAAAAGCUGAGGACUUUGAAUUUGGUUUAUGGUUAUCUGAAUCUCCUCCAUGGACGGCUGAAAACACUCCUCAUGUCAAGCUCUCACUUGCAGAGACUCUCUCAUGCAUUUCUACAGGUAUUGGAAUUUGAGGUCUCAAAUGUGCAUAUUGUGGAAGAGAAGACUUUGUUAAUGCACAAGUCAGCUGUGCUGCCUUCCGACACACAAGGACAGGACCCUUUCUCAAUUCCUGUUGACAACGUCAUGACAACUCAGUUCCCAAAGUACUACUUCAAGCAUUUUGCUGAUAACAGGAUCAAGUCGAUGGUCACAUCUUGCUGUAGACUUCUGGGUUGCCAUGGUGAUGUGCCUCUGCUAGUAGACCAUUUCCUGGAAUUGUUCCAAGAAUCCAAGAUCCAUCGGAAGCAAUGUGUCUUAGUCCUCAAUGACAUUCUUUUAGGAACAUUAGACAGUCAAGCUAGAGAAGGUUCCCCUAUACCAUAUACAGCUGUUGAGUUGCUCCUCUCAGAAUACACUUCAGAGAAACAUUGGAACUUGGCCAUCUCCAAUGCCGCAUUCAAUGCAAACAGAACCAACACAGAGCGAGGCAGCAUGCAUCAGCCAAUAUCUCACACAGACCUCAGAACUACUGGCCUUAGCUUUGAAGAGCUGAAUAGCAACAUCCUGCUAGAGUGCCUCAUCCUGGAAGGCUUAGGGACUUUUGCGCGUAUACUUGGAAAACAGUUCCAAGAGUUCCUCAUAGAUGUGCUGUACUUGAUCUUGGAGAAACUUGGUAGUGACAAUGCAACAAUCAGUAGGGCUGCGUAUGGCACUCUGAUUCUUAUAUGCCAGAGCAUUGGCAGCAGAAGUCUAGAAGCAUUGAUCGCUUGCAAUGCAGACUACCUUGUAAACUCAAUCUCACUUGAUUUCAAGUACAUCUUCAUAAAUGGACGUGCACCACGCGUACUGCAGGUUAUGAUUGAGUACAGCAACUCUGACAUCUUGUCAAUUAUUGACGAUACUUUGAGUGACACAUUUGCAGUCAUGGACGUCUAUCCCGAUGAGUUCAUGCUCUCUCUGGUCAAAGUGCUUCAUGCUCUAGUCUGCGCACUCAGCAGGUGGUUUCCUGAUGAUUUUCCCAAAAACAAGCCAUCAGACACUGCUUCUAAGUGGAAAUCUGGCCACUCGAUCAUGUCACAUGCAAAUGCUGCCAACGGCUCUUAUGCAGACUCCUUGCUAAAUUUCGUGAAGGAGUACAAGAGAAAACGGCAAGUUGCCAUGGGGGAGGUGACAGAGGUGACAGAUGAGCAUCCAAACAAUGAUGCCAAGGAACCAGAUGACAUCACCUCAGACCAAGAGGAUAAGCCCCCACUUCAUGUCCACUAUGUCAAAAAGGUGUUGGACAAGUGCGUGCAUAUCGUAAGCAGUAGGUCUCUUGUGGUCUGUCUUCUUGUCCUGGACACCAUAGACGAGUCAGUUCGUGUCAUCCGCCAUCACGAGAACCACCUUCUACCCUUGAUUCACAAACUGUGGCCGCCGUUGGUCAGGCGCCUCAAACACCAGGAAGAGGUCGUAGUUGUCAAGGCAAUCGAAGUGGUGUGUGGCAUGGCGGAAUGCUCGGGAGACUUUAUGCGCAGACGAGUGGAGAAAGACGUCCUUCCCUGGCUGUUGCAGUAUCUUGAGCGUCAAGCUGCAGUGAGUGCAAAGGUGUCUGGCGCAGCGUACCUGCACACCAAGGCCUUAAAGUUACAACUAGCAGCGCUGCAUGGCUUGCGCCGGCUCUGUUCGCAAGUGGAGGUCGGCGAGACCGAACUAGAUCGCGUGUGUAAUACGUGCACUCUGUACCUGAGUGAUAGACAACCUCUAGUUUUACAGAAGGCUUGUAUGGCGGCUUUUGAGGCGUUCAUAACCCUUGAUCCAGAUGCCGUGUGGCUCACUCUCAACCAACUAUACUGCCCCGUGGAGCCCAAUCCACCACAGAACAUGUUUGUUCGUGUAAGCCUGGGAACCACAGAAAACAAAGAUCUAUCAGAAAAUGUGACUCGUUUAUUGAAGGAGUUCUAUCAAUAAGAAAUCGAUAGAGGAGGGACUUUUAUCCGAAAGAGCUAGAUAGGAGACAGUUCGUCAAUGAAGACUCAAUGGAAGAGCUUCUUUUAUCCGCUAGGAAGAGCUAAUAUCUGAAUAUAUUCUGCAAUGUUA